AUGGCGCUUGAUUCAAACCCCAAACGCUUUAGUGGCACGCAUCUUGAAAGCCCGUUACUUCAAGAAUUGCUCUAUAUUAGAGGCACAAAUCGGACACUCCCCCUCCUAUAUUUGGCAAAGCUUAGCAAAACACGUGUCCUUAUUGAACAGGGAUCUCGGUGGCGAAUCGGGAAUGGCCACAGUGUGCGUAUAUGGGGAGACCAAUGGCUCCCUAAUUCUGAAUCUUUCCAAGUUUCCUCACCACAAGCAGAGGGGUUUGAGGAGGCAAAAGUGAACUAUGUUAUUAAUCCAGUCACUAUGCAGUGGAGGGAGGACCUUUUGCAUGCUUGGUUCUCGCCCGAGGAAGUGAAUUGCAUUCGAAACAUCCCUUUAAGCUUCAGACACCCACCAGACACCUUGAUUUGGCACUUUGAGAGAGGUGGUCAGUACACAGUGCGGAGCAGCCAUGAAGUUGCUUGUCGGGUUUUGCUCCAGCAAGACAGGGACGACACCAACACGAAUGAAGGACCCAUUGUAGCUUUUGAACAUGUCUGGAAGAAGAUUUGGAAAGCCCGGGUACCACCAAAGGUUCGUAUAUUCAUCUGGCACGCUCUCUUGAAUAUUUUACCCACCAAGGAUAAUUUGAUUCAUCACGUUAUCUCUGAAUUGGGAGGCUAUGUUUUUUGUGGGGCUGAUGAAACUGUGGCCCAUGUGCUUCUCCGAUGCCCCAUGACUAUUACUUCUUGGUCUUUGUUUCCGGUCUGGGCACACUUUAAUACUGAUGCCAUAGAGGAGUUCAAGAUGUGGUUCCAAGGGUUUGCUACAGACCACCCACUUCAUGUGCUGGAGAAAGUCAUGGUGUGCUUGUGGAUGCUAUGGUAUGAGCGUAAUCAAAUGGCCUGGGCAGGACGUCAACGGAGUGCAACAGAAAUUGUUAGUGGAGCAAUGCAUUAUUUGCAAGAGUUUCAGGAAGUACACCCCCGUCCCAAGACCCAUACCUCACGUGCCAUAGCAAAAUGGGUGCGGCCACCGCCUGGAGCUAUUAAAAUAAAUGUGAAUGGAGUGUUUCAUGGUGAAUCCAGUUUUGGUGGGGUUGGUUUGGUGGUUCGUAAUUCUACAGGUGCCAUUCUUGCAUGCAAGUUGGUUGUGCUAAAUGGGAUAUCAAAUCCCAUGCAUGCCAAGCUGGUUGCAUUAAGAGAAGGCUUAAUCUAUGCUGCCAAGUGGUCCAAUCUGGAGUGUCAUAUAGAAGAGGAUUCUCAAGGCGCUUUACACUCAAUACAACUGGGCUAA